AUGGUUCCUCCAGAUAAAAGCUCCAAACAAGCACCAAGGCAGUCUUCCAAGUGGAGACAGAGCCUGCCCUCCCCGGCCCUGUGCUGUGCGUGUGGUCUGUGCAUCCUGUUGGCCGGCAUUAACAUCACUCUGGUGGGGGCCUUUGCCUAUGGAACCUUCAUGCCUUCCGGAAACCCGCUCAUCAUCAUCGGACCCCUUCUGUUACUCACUGCCCUGGGCUUCUUCACCGGCUGCUGUGUGGUCAGCAGGCGGCCCCCAGCCCACACCACCGGCAGAGCUAAAGGGGGGGAGAAGUGGGGACUGAUGCGCCUCGGGACCGUGACCUUUGAGAUGGAGACUAGUGAGCACACUCUACAGGACACUACAGCAGUCCAGCUCAGUCCAACCAACUCUCCAGCAUCUUCUCACAAAUCCAACUCCAGCCAAGGGGCCAGUAAUGUCCCCUUGCCCUGUGCGGGAUCUAACUGA